GAACACUGUGUGUGUGUGUGCAGAAGCCAUUCUUGUGUUUCCUGGGCAGUAUUCGCUAGUCGAAUUUGUUUCUCUUGUGCGAUUGAUAUUGCAGUAAGGGUUUGAAGAAUUUGUUAAGAUGUCGGAAUAUGAUAAAGUGCGGACGGGAAAGUUGAUAUUGAAAGGCGAAAGAUUAAGGCCGAAGAAACGAAAGUCUAAGAAACAAGAAAGGGAGCAGGAUGCCACUGUGGAGGAUAAAGAUACUCUUAGUCAUGGAGGAUGGUGGAAGGUUAAGAAUGUAGCUGAAAUCACCGGGACAGUGGCCAUUGAAUUUGGGAACCAAGCUUACAUGAAGGCACUGGAUAACGGAUUGUUUACUCUCGGGGCACCGCACGACGAAGGAGAGGGUCCAUCGCCGGAGGAAAUAUUAACAGCGUUUCCCAUAAGCGAGACUAAGGUCGCCUUGAAAUCAGGAUACGGCAAAUAUCUUGGGGUCGAUAAAAAUGGUGUCGUUGUCGGACGAAGCGACGCAGUCGGUUCUAUCGAACAGUGGGAACCAAUUUUUCAAGAUGGCAAGCUCGCUAUAUUAAAUAAUACCGGAUGUUUCAUGUCUGUUACAAACGAUGACGACAUAGUUUGCCAGAAUAGAACAGCUGGUUCGUCAGAGUAUAUUAUUAUAAGAAGUAUAAUACAACGUUCUCAGAGUCCUAGUAAGGAUAUUCCGAAAGAAGAACAAGGCUCACUUGCAGAAGUUGAAGUGAAUUAUGUGCGAAAGUUUCAAAAGUUCCAAGAUAAGAAGCUAAGGAUAAACAGAUCCGAUCAUUCCGAGUUGGAGAAGGCGAAAGUACAUGGAAAUUUGCAUGAAACUUUGUUAGAUAGGAGAAGCAAGAUGAAAGCUGAUCGUUAUUGUAAAUAAAUUUAGUGUUGUAAUUACGUGUAAAAUAAUAUUGUAAUAAAGUGUAGUUUAUA